CCUCCGGCGAGGAAGGGCCGCUUCGCUUUACGGCGGCGCCCGCCGGCGGGAGGCGGGAUCGCGGCCUUCCACGUGGGGCGGCAGUCGAGCGCAGCCCGGUGGCGCCAUGAAGCGGCCUAAGCUGAAGAAAGCCAGCAAGAGGCUGACCUGCCACAAGCGCUACAAGAUCCAGAAGAAGAUCAGAGAACACCACCGAAAAGUCAGGAAGGAGGCCAAAAAACGUGGACGCAAAAAGCCCAAGAAAGAUCCUGGUGUUCCCAGUGCUGCACCAUUUAGGGAAGAGCUUCUACGGGAAGCAGAGCAAAGAAAGCAGAGGCUUGAAGAACUAAAACAAAAGCAGAAGCUGAACAGACAGAAAGAACAUGAAAAGAAUAGGAAGCUUGAAGCUAAAAAGAAUGAAGCCAAAAUCAGGGAAAAAGCAGAGAGAAAGGAAUCCUCUGGCAAAUCUAAAGCAAACACUAGCAAACUGCUGGAUAAAAAUUCAAAGAAAUCAUUUUGCAGGGAGCUCAAGAAGGUGAUUGAAGCCUCAGAUGUGGUUCUAGAGGUUUUAGAUGCAAGAGAUCCAAUGGGUUGCCGGUGUCCUCAACUGGAGCAAGCUGUAACUUGCUCUGGAGGAGACAAAAAGCUGCUUUUGGUUCUGAAUAAAAUUGUAACCUGUGAGGACUUUGGCCAGUUUCAGCCAAUUCCGACAGAAGUUAAAGAUCUUACAAUUUUUAACAUCUUUCUGAAUGUAGAUUUAGUGCCAAAGGAGAACUUAGAGAAAUGGUUGAAUUUUUUGAAGAAGGAGUUUCCAACGGUUGCUUUUAAAUCAGCAACACUGAUGAAGGACAGGACUAUGCAGGAGCAGUUCACAAAAAGACGGGCUCGUGUUGAUUUUUCAAGAACCACUGAAUGUUUUGGAAGCAAAUGCCUUUUGAAACUUCUUCAGGAGCAUGGCAGGACUCAGAACAAAGCCAUUCAGGUUGGGGUAGUAGGUUUCCCUAAUGUGGGAAAGAGCAGCAUAAUCAACAGUCUUAAAGGAGUUCGUGCUUGCAAUGUUGGCCUAGCAAGAGGUGUUACCAAGUCCAUGCAAAUUGUGCACAUCGAUAAACAGACAAAGAUGUUAGACAGUCCAAGCAUAAUUGCAGAUCCUUCCAACAGUGCUGUGGCUCUGGCCUUGAGAAAUAUCAUAGACACAGAAGAAUCAGGCUCAGCAGGUGUGCUUGAGGGAGCAGAUGCCAUUCUAAAUCACUGCAGUAAACAGCAGGUAAUGAUGCACUAUAGUAUCCCAGAUUUCAGGACCACUGAGGAGUUUUUAACUUUACUUGCUCAGAAAAGGGGUAUGCUGAAAAAGGGAGGUGUUCCUGACGUAGAGAAUAUAGCCAAAUUACUACUUUGUGACUGGACAGGAGCUAAAAUAAGAUACCACUCACAACCUCCAGAAUCUCACAGACCACCACCGUAUCUUACAGAAGACAAAAUAACUGAAAUGCAAGUGUGCUUUAAUUUAAAGAACCUAGAAGAAGAAAACAACAAGACUGUUCAAGCUUUAAAAUACCCCAGUCCGGCAAGCAGCAUCCUUUUCCAGUCAGCUGGUAUGACAGAUGGGACAAUAGAGGAAAAUAAAGUGAUAGAGGUAGCAUCAGAGUGGGAAAACUUGGAAACAAGCAAGGAGGGGAAGGAAGAGGAGGAGGAUUUCACAGAAAGUGAUGAUGACCAAGACGAUGUAGAAGAAGAAAUGGAUAUCAAAGAGGAAAGCGAAGUUCAGGUCAUCAGGAAAGCAAAGCUUGUAAAACGACAAACAAAUCCUACAAAUUCAGAAAAGCAGAUAGCAGAAAGCAAACAUUCCGAUUCACUGUCAUUCAGCUUGGAUAAGACAGCAGAUGAAGAUGAUGCCUACGAUUUUAAUACAGACUAUGUGUAAUGAAUUUUGUGUGAAGACGCAAUUGGGAGACUCUUACUACUAGCUUUCAGACAGUCAUGAAGACUUGUGUUGCAGCAGAAGUUGGAGGAAUGCUGCAUACCAGAGCUGCUGCAAAAAUUCAGUUAUCGCUAUGUCAAAUAAUGUGUGUAAUACUGUAUCUCCCUUGAUUGUUCCAGAUUUUGUACAAGUCUUGGAAACUGUAUUCAGCUUUAAAUCAUAAACUUGAUUUCCUGUAUUAAAAAAAAAAGAAGCCUAAAUUAAAAAAUUCCCAAUAGACAUAGUCUGUCCACUUCGCAAUAACAAUGUUAGUAAUGAUAAAAAUAUGUUUCAAAAGGGUAAACCCUCUGUC